AUGGCCCACGAGAACGUUUGGUUUUCCCACCCACGCACCUAUGGCAAGGGCUCUCGCGGCUGCCGUGUCACGGGUGACAAGAAGAAGACCGGCCUGAUCCGCAAGUAUGGCCUCAAUAUGUCCCGCCAGGCGUUCCGAGAGAAUGCCGAAGCCAUCGGCUUCAAGAAGUACCGAUGA